CUAUUUUGUAUGGUGCGCUUGUAUAUCUAGAAUGAAGGUUGUUCCAUGGUCGACCCCUUGAAGAAAGUUGAAUCCAUUCGCCUGAGACUUUUGCCCUACGCUUGAGCCGUGAUACUGAUAGUAGAAGCUUUAACUAUGGUUUCGGGACGAUUUGUUAUUGCCUUCUGCGUAUUUAUUGCAGCCUACAUGUACUACUCGCCCCAUGGACCCGUGGAGAGGACCCUGCAAUCAUGGCAGGCUCAGAUCCAACUACCGGUGGUCCGCUUUCACCGAGUUGCAGUUGGAGUGAAUGCUGGAGUGGACCUGAUCGUGUCUGCCACAGAGCUGCUGAAGAGUCUGGGGAUGACCCCUAGUCAGACCAGGACUGACCACCUGCACCUGGACAGUCUGCAGCAGCUGGAGGAGGCUGUGGGGUACUACAUGGAGAAGGGCGCGGCAGGGGAGCGCUACAUGGGGGACGGGGCACUGUUCCAGCAGAUAGUGGGGGUGGCCAGGAACCUUCCAGACAGAAAGUUCUUCAUUGGUGGUAAUGCAGCACUGAUGGGUGAGAGAAUGACAGCCAUGGGUGUUCAGGUAUUGUUAGGUGGACCAAUGGGUCCACAGGCCAUGAAGCUGCUGAGCUCCGACAUUCAGGUCCCGAGGGACUGCAUCAGGGCACAGGACGAAGUUCACCUCAUCCUGGAGUUUGGGCGCGGGGAGACCUGGGGGGACGUGGAGGCCGCCGUCGCCACCCGCUUCAUCUUUUCCAACGACAUCUCCAACGCGAGGAUGGAACCGCUGGAGGCGUUCUUCGGACAGCUUGAGCAGUUCCGCCCAGACUUGGUGGUCCUGUCCGGGCUGCACCUGUUAGAGAAGGAGAAGGAGAGUUUCAGACAGACACGGCUGGAGAGGAUCGUCCACAUGCUGAGGAACAUUCCUGCAGGCAUCGCUGUCCACCUGGAGCUGGCCAGCAUGGUCGACAUGGCGUUCCUGAAAAAAGUUGCAGCUGAGGUUUUCCCUGUGGUUCAUUCCAUUGGACUCAAUGAACAAGAGCUGACCUUCCUGUGCAAGUCUGUGGAUGGGCCACUCCAUGCAGAAGUUCUGGAAGGGGGCCAGCCGGAAAUCCCAGCAGUAAACGAUAUCCUCUUCUGGCUUCUCGACACUUAUGGCAAUUCAGAAGAGAACCCCACUUCCCGCUUCUCCCGGAUCCACUUCCAUUCGCUGACAUUCCACGUCACCGCUGCCCUCCCCAACCUAUGGGGGAACCUCCCAUCAGCCACUGCAGCAGGAUGCAUGGUGGCGCCCCAGCAGGCUUGUGGAGUGGAUGACAUCAUCACACCUGCAGAUACCGACUUAAAGAUUCCACUGGCAUUCCCACUAUCUGUGCAACACCCUCCACUGAGGAGGAGAGUAGUCAAGUAUGAUCCUUAUCAUCCUGUCACAAGCUGGAUGAGGGAAAAGGUAGAAUUUGCAUUUAGUCCAGUGUUAGUAUGUAAGAAUCCAAUCAGGACUGUUGGCUUGGGUGAUGCAAUAUCAGCAACAGGGUUACUAUAUUCCCAAUUCAAGGGAGCACAAUGAUGUUACUAGAACUGCUUGUUGUAGAUAAUCAUUGGAAAAUAUGUUUAUCAUAAAUGAGAGAAAAUAUUAUUUCAUCAGUUACUUUCUUUUGCUUUAUUGGGAAACAGGGUAACAACAUGUUUACUCCAAAAUGAUCAGUUAUACUGCCACUAGAAUUUUUGUUGCUGAGAACUAUUCAUGUGAAAGAUGUCAUCCAGAUAGGUGGAACAAGUGUUACUUGUAUCAAACUUCUCAAAAAGAACAGGGAUGUGCAAUGACCACUAACAGUUUCCAAUGCAAGUUUGCAUUUAUAGGAACUGGUGUUAAACACCACGUGACAGUCAGCCAACUGUUGCAUCAGGUUCGGUUGUCCUCCAUUUUCCUUGUAUUUCUUACUACAUAUUAAAUCAUAUCUGCUGCCACUAUGUUUUAUAAUGUUUUUAACCAUUCUCAACUCAUUCAACAACUAUAUAUGACAUGAACUCUUCCCUCAGCUUGACACAAUUUAUAGAACUACUUGUUUAUUUAAGUCAAAGGGCCUUGCAAUAAGAAUUGAAGACCAAACAUUUUGGGAAAGCAGCUCAGCUCUUUAAGGAGAUGCAGUAGGCAGGUGGGAAUGUCCUGUGAAAAUGUACUUGAAAGUCCUACUCUUAGAUACAUAAUGAGAAAAUUGUCUGAAAGAGUAGCGUAUGCCGUAUGGAGUUAGAUGAGGGUAGAUCAUUCUGUCAUUAAAAUGGUGCUUUCUGCUUCAAAA